AUGAAGGUGAAGCAUAUUACCGAAGAAAAUAAGCAUUUAAUUAAUUCUUAAACUGAUACAAAAGAAACAAUUGCUGCUAUCACAGCAAAUGCUAGUAAUACUUGUGGGUUAACAACACCCUAAACAUCCGUUUAAAGUUCAGCAGACAAAAAGGGGAGAGGAAGACCAGAUCCCAAUAGCAAUCUAUUUAUGUAUACUCCUGAAAAAGCUGGAGGGCCUACAGAUAUUAUGACUGGAUUUCAUGAAAUGGCGAAGCUAAUUUUAGGAGAGAGAUUGAGUGAUACUAGUCUACAUCCAAUGCAUUCGAUAAUGUCAUUAUUUUCGUUUACAGUGACUCCUUCAGGUCUUGAUAAUGAAGUAGCAGAGUAAGGUGCCCAAAAGGCAAAGCAACUGAGAAAAACUUUUCAUGAUGUGACUAAGGAUAUUAGAAUCUAUCCUGAAGGGAAGAAAAACAUGCUAAAUUGUGAGCAAAUUUUCACACUAUACUUAAGAGAGUUUUCAUUCAUUACAAAUCCAAGUUACUACACUAAUACUCUGCUUAAGUUUAUCUUAAUGUUUAGACAAUGCCUUAAUAUCUAUGGAUGGCAAAAGAGAGCAGAAUACGAAAUCAAACAGCACUAUGGCACACCUGAGUAUCAUCAAAAGUAUCAAUUGAAAAUGUAGAAUUUCCAGUAAUUUGGAAUACACAGUGAUUUCACAGCAAUAAAUAAUUGUGAGUUUGCCCCAGAAAUAGCAAAUGAAUUUGUAACAGUAUUCCUUGAUGAUCCAGGUAAUAAUAUGGCUAGACUAGAAAGAGCUGAUGGCAUAGAUUUAACUCAGCAUUUUUGCAACUGGCUUUUCAUUAAUAAAUUGACUUGCUCUAAAUUAUCAAUGGCUCAGUGA